AUGCCGUCGCCGCGAGUGAGAAGCGCCGCCUCGUUCCUGAGCCAUCACCACCACCAGCACCAUCAGCGUCAAUGUCCAAAUGCAUCCACAGCGAAUAAGAAAUUCUUCUCAACAACACUGGGUCUCUACGCAGCAAGCUGCGAGCCCACCCUCUACGAAAUUCUCGACGUCCCGGUAACAGCAUCAGCAGCAGAAAUCAAAAAACAAUUCUAUUCCCUCUCCCUUCGCCAUCACCCCGACCGCAACCGCACUGAUCCAGCUGCCUCCUCCCGCUUUGCCCGCAUCUCCUCCGCCUACCAAACCCUCGGCAACGCCGCAAAACGCACCUCCUACGACCGCGACCACGGCAUCCACACAUCCCCCUCGUCAACAUACAGCACCGCCAACCCAGGCCAACACCCAAUGGGCAGCUACAGCAGCCACAGCGCGAAUGUGAACAGCAAGGGGGCAUCGUAUGCGGGGUCGCGGCCCGCGAGCGGGUUGAGUAAACGGCGGGGGCCGUUUAGGGGGCCGCCGCCCAGUUUCUAUGCGCAUGGAGGGUAUGGGAAUCAAGCAGGAAGGAGGGCACCACAUGGGGGCGCGGCAGGGUGGGCUUCGUCGUCGUAUGCUGGGACUGGAGCUGCGGAGGAGGAUCCGUUGGCAUUUUUGCAUAGGAAUCCGAUUUAUCAUUUUAAUGCGCGCGGGCAUUAUAAAACGCAGUCAGCAGAGGAUGCGAGGCGGCAGGAGCGGCGGUCCAAGGCUAUGGGUGCUGAGUUGAAUGAACAGCAUAUUGGCAAGCCUGGGGAUUUUGCGUUUCGCUUUCUCGUCGUCUUCGGUAUUCUUAUGGGGGCGGGGGCUAUGACUGGGGUUCUUUGGAAGCCCAAGGAUCAGAAAAAUCCUAAGAAAGCUGCCAUGAUAUGA